AUGAAUACAGAAGAAUUGAAGGAAGCGAUAAAGAGAAUUGGAUAGUCUUAAUAAGAGUAAGAUCAAUAUAGUAAUAGUAGAUCUUAGUAAGAUUUAGAGAUAGUGUGGCAAUAAAUCCAAAAUCCUGUUGGAUUGGAUUUAUUGUAUCAAUGUGCUAAGAAUAUAGUUGAAUUCAGACAAUAUAUGAUGUAUUGGAAAGUAUAUAUCAUCUUAUUAUGAAUAGUUUGCGAAUAAAAUCUUAAUGGAGAUAGUGAAGGUAUGUUUAAAUAAUCGGGAUCAAUUGAAGGCAUGGGAGAUGAUUCGAUUUAUAAUUGAUCCAGAUAAAAUUUUUUACAAAUGUCAUGAAUUAGUAUAAAUGGAUGAAGACCAGGUAAUAGAAUGCAAAAAGAUUUUAGUUUUCGCAUUAGGAAUUCACAUAAUAAGAAUUUUGUGAUAAUCUUUAGGAAGGCUAAGAUGUAGAUGCAUUAUAUGAAGAGGAGAAAGGGAAUGUGAUUGGAUGGUGUAGAGCAAAUAUUUAAAAAAUGAAUGAUAAAUAUGUUUGGGUUAAAUGGCAUGAAAAUGAUGAGACAGAUAAAAUUGUUCGUUAUUCUAUGGAUUUAGCACCAUUUAAAAGUUAAGUAACAGAUGAUGAAUGGGAAUGGCGUCAUUGUCUUAAUGUUGGAGAUAUUAUUGAUUGUUUUGAUAAUCGUUUAUGGUAGAAUGCAACUAUUAUUUCUGCAUUGAAUGAUGAAAAUAAAGAAUAUGUAAUAGGAUUCAGAGUAUAUGAUGAAAAAGGCAAUUAAUAUGAUUCAUAAAAUAGGAGAUUCUUUGGUUGGAAUUAAUAAUAUGAUGAGAGCAUUAAGGCUGUCAGUCCAAGAAUUUAAAAAAGAAAUAAAUUUUCAAGAGGAUAAUCAUAUACACCUCAUUGUUAAGAAGAGAUUGUUAAUGAUUGUAAUGACUUUCUUUUUCCAAAUUAAUAUUAUGCUGUACCUAGAUUUUAAACCAAAUAUACCAGAAAAUCUGCGGUUGUUUGUGAAAUGAUUAAUGAAUUUGGUCGUGCUGGUUUAUUCUCAUAUAUUUUAGAUUAAAUUCAAAAUAAAUGCACUAUAGACUUCUUACAUAGUUAUGUGGUAGUUAUUUAUAAUUUCUAAGAAUUACUUCAUCGAUAAUUUGUUUAAACUUACAUUCCCUAAUUAUUUGAUGCAGUCUAAAAUAAUAUAUUGUCAUCUCCUGAUAACAAUCUGAGAAAUUUUUCAUCUUAAAAGAUUAUUGAUAUUUUAUAAGCCUUGAGUAAUCUAUUGAAACGAGUACAUCCAUUAUAGAAAAGGUAGGAAAUGAUUGAUAGAUUGGAUUUAGAUAUAGCAUAUAAAUGUUUUACUAGUGAUUUUUUAGAGAGAAAGAUUCAAGGUUUAAAAGCAAUUUAAGAGUUGAUAAAAAAAACAAAAGAUUAAUAUAAUUAAUAUGGAAUAUAGGAAUGGUAAAAGUAAGCAGCUAUCUAAAUGAUAUUGGAAUGGUUAAAUGAGAAAAAGAUUUUUGAGACUCUAUAUGUUGGAUCUGGGAAUUCUCAUUUAGUUUAAAGGAGUGCAGAGUUUUUUAGAUUUUUAAUAGAGGAGAAGAUGAUUAGUAUUAAUAAUUUAAAAGAGAUUUGGAAUAGUUUAGAGAAAGCUGAAUAUGAACAUAAGUUAGCAAUCUUUAAAUUAUUUAAGGAUGUUUCUAAUUCCUUAGAGAAGGAAUGGUUAGAUGUUUUAAUAGAUGCAAUUUGUAAUAAGGAUGCAAAAGAAGUAACAAAAGAUGAUUUGGAAUUGUUACUUGAUAUAAUUAAGACAAAUUAUAGAUAUAAAGAUGAAUACGUUUAGAAAUGUUGUAAUUAUUAUUGGGGAGUACUAAAGAGUGGAUAAUUGAAUUAGAUAAUGUUAGAAUAAUAUAUAUCAUAUUAUAUUGAUUAAGUAACUCAAUAUGAAAUGAGACCUCAUAAAGGCAAAUAGAUCAAUAUGAUAGGUGAGAGUAUUGCAAAUGGAGAAUAAGUGAAUGUAGGAUUUAGAGUAUUAAUAAAAUUGAUAGAGAAAUUGGAUGUUUAACCAAGUGCUUGUGAAUAAUACACUCGAAAUUGGGCAUUAACAGAAUUGGAAAGUAAAUUUAAAAUAGUUAAGGAGAUAAUAAAAUCAAUUCCUGAAUUAAAGAAAUAGAAGGAUUAUUUAGAAGAGAUUAAGAUUAGGAUGCAAUUUAUAUAGUUCUUUUAUUUGAAUAUAAAUACAUAUGAAUAUAGAUUAACAUUUAAGAUAAUUUCAAGUAUAUGGGAUCAAUUAGUUUGUUAAUCAUCAAAUUAGUAAGAAAGGGAUUUGGUUUAUAAGUGGUUUAGUGCAUUAUCAAAUUAAGAUGGUUAAUCAUAAUUAACAUCAAUGGUUGCAAUAUCAGAUUUGAAGACCUUUUUUUAAGAGAAGAUGACUAAGGAUUUAAUAUAGUUGACAGAGGAAGGAUUUAAUUGUUUUAAAACAGUAUUGACGGCAAUAAAUAAAUAAGAAGAUAAUAGUUUUGGUCUUGAUAUUUUAUGGUAAAUGAUAUUGGAAACAGAAAAUGAGAGGGUAUCUUAAUUAGCAAUAGAUUAUUAUCUGUAAUUUGAGAGUACAUUAGAAGUGUUAUUUAAUAAAUUACAAGAGAAUAGAAAUAAUAAUUAAAAAUUGUAUAGAUGUUUAUUAGUAUUGGAGGGAUUUAUAGAUCAAAGUGAAAUAAAUGGAGUAGGUAAUUUAAAGAGUUUGAAUGCAUUAUCAUAAGGAGAGGAAUUAUAAAUUUAGGUUUCUCAUGAACAUGGAAAUUAAAAGAAAUUUACAAUAAGGAUAAAUGAUAAUUAAACAAUAAUAGAAUUAAGAUAGGCUAUUAGUAAAGUAAUAAAAUAGUAAUGGGAUUCAAUUGGUUUGAAUAGUUUAAAAGGAGAAAUAAAAUUCACUGAGAAUGGGAAGAUGAUUAAAGACUUAAGAUUGAAGAAGGGAGAAAUCAUUAUGGUAUUUAGAAAAUAAGUGAAAGAUAUACAUGAAGUUAAUCUAUUAGAUGGAGAUGAAUUAUCUGAACCAGCUAAAUAAGUAUUUGGAGAGAUAUUUAGUGAAUAUUCUACAGAUGGUAAAAUGAGUAAAGAAGAUUGUACAAGAUUUGUAACUGGAUGUACAGGUAAUCCUUGUAGUAUCGAUGAUGCUAAUAUUUAAAGAACAUUUGAAUAAUAUGAUAAAGAUAAAGAUUCUAUUUUGACUUUGAAUGAUUUCCUUGAUUUCUAUACUGAUUCUGCAAGAACUAAAAGAACAACUGUUUGGCUCAAUCUUUAGACUUUACAUUAUCGGAAUGAUCUCAUUAGAGGAGAUAGAGUACCUUUACCUUAUGUAAAUGCUCAAUUAUUACCUCGAGGAUAGAUUGUUUAAAGUCAAAGAUAUUUAGAUUUACUAUUUGAAUUAUUAUAAAAUUCAACUAAUGAAGUUUAAGAAAAAACUUGGUAUCUUUUAAGAAGAUUGCCUCCAUCACCUUAAUUGAUUAAGUAAAUGCUUACUUUUGAAAACAUUCAAUCACCUACUGAUUGGGAUUAAAUACUUGUUAGUAGUCAUUACAGAUUGCUAUAUAGUCUAUAUAUUAUUGAAUUUCUUAUGAAUUAAUAUGAUUCUAAUCAUUUAUAAGCUUUAAUAGAAGAUUAAGAUAUUCUUAUCUUAAAAGAUAAAUGGAUGAGUAAGUUUCUAUAACUUGGAGGAUUUGAUAAGUUAUUACAAUUCUUUAAAUAAUAUCAAGGUAGAAGUGUAAGUACACUACCAUAAAUUGAAAAAGAAAUCUUAUCAUUUCUAUUAAAAACAUUCUAAAAUUAUGUUAUUGCUGCUUGUGCUACUAAUGUAUCUAAUCUCUAUUAAGCAUCAAAAGCCAUUCAAAUCAUUAAACCCUUAGAUUAAGUACUUAUUGAUAUAAGAUAAUCAGAAGAUCCUGAAGAAUUUAAAUUACUUGUAUAAAAAUUAAAAGAAAGUCGAUUAGGUGAUAGUAUCACUGAAAAAAUUGAAAAAUUUAUCACUGUCUUAAUCAAUUUAAUUUAAGAACUUCUUAAAAGUAAUGAAUUAGAAUAAGAAGAUAGAUAAAUUAUUGAACAUAGUAUUAUUGUAAUCAUUGUUAUCUUAUUACAUAAUUAAGAAUUAUUAACAAAUAGUAUUGAAAAUAUUGAAUUCAUUAAUAUCUUUUUUAGUGGUAUUUUCACUGAUAAAUCAGAUAGUUUAAGAAAUCUAUUUAGUAGAGCUAUCUUAGUUCUCUGUUAUGAAAGUUAUAAAAAAAACCAUAAACCUACGAAAAUUAUAUUAUAAUAAUUGAUAUCAAUAUAAAAUCAACAAGCUAAUUCAUCAUAGUUUUAUGAAUUGUUAAGUUAACUGAUAGAUAUAGCCUUUGAAAGUGAAGAUUCUUAAUAAUUUAUUGAUUAUUACUAAUUAACCCAAUAAGUACUUGAUAAUCUCAUCAAUCAUAAAAGUAUUGAAACUAGAUCAAAAUCUACCGUUGUUGAUAAAAUACUUAUUGGUCUUUUGAAUUUAUUGACCAAAUUGUAUAAAUUCAUUAAAUAGCCAAUUCAUGAUAUUAUAUUUAAUGAUUGUUUAUUUAGUCUUUAAGAUGAAAAGGAAAUUAAAUGUAAAUCAAAUGAAAGUAGAUAAGCCGCAUUUAAAUUACUUUAUUAAAUAUCACAUCAAUAAAUAAAUUGUGAGAAUAUUCUUUUAAAUCUUCAGUAGUUGAGUUAAAAGAUUCCUCUUAUCAAUAGAUGGAAUUAUAUACCUUCAAGUGAUAUGAGAAGUUCUUUUGGAUAUUGUGGAAUUAAAAAUCUAAGAUGUAUUUGUUACAUGAAUGCCAUGCUUCAAUAAUUUUAUAUGACUAUUCCAUUUAGAUAUGGUAUUUUAUAAGCUGAAGAUGGCAAAGAACCUGAUAUGUAAUUAAGUAAAACAGGAUUUUUAUUUGAUGAUAAUGUUCUUCAUCAAUUAUAAUAGAUGUUUAGUUAUUUGGAAUUAUCUGAUCGUAUUGAUUAUAAUCCUUAAGAAUUUUGUGCUGCUUUUAAAGAUUAUGCAGGAGAACCAGUUAAUAUUUUUAUUCAAUAAGAUGCUUAAGAAUUUUUAAAUAUGAUAUUUGAUAAAUUGGAGAAUCUUCUCAAAAAUACUAUCUAUAAAAAUAUCUUAGAUGGUGUUUUUGGAGGUAAAACCUGUACUUAAAUUGAAUGCUAGAAUUGUAAAGCUAUUAAAAAUAAGGAUGAAAUAUUUUAUAAUUUAUCUGUUCCCAUAAAAAACCUUAAGAAUCUUUAGGAAUGUUUUGAUAAAUUUGUACAAGGAGAGAUAAUUUCAGAUUUCAAAUGUGAAAAUUGUAAUUAAAAAGUGGAUGUAAAUAAGAGGUAAUUGUUAGCUUAAUUACCAAAUGUUUUGAUUUUACAUUUAUAAAGAAUUGUAUUUAAUUUAGAUACAUUUAUGAAUGAAAAAAUCAAUUCUCGUUUAGAAUUUCCAAUAAAUUUGGAUUUAGCAUAAUAUACUAUUAAUUAAGAUUAAUGUACUUAAUAUAAAUUAGUUGGUAUUGUUGUUCAUUUGGGAACAGCAGAUGUUGGUCAUUAUUUUAGUUAUAUUGAUAUAAAAAGUCAAGAUUAAUGGUUGGAAUUUAAUGAUCAUAAAAUAAAGGAAUUUAAAUUGAAAUAAAUGGAGAAUGAAUGUUUUGGUGGUUAAUCAAAUUUAGAUUAUAAUGAUAAUGAUGUUUGGGGAAAUGGUUUUAGAGAAAACUCUUAAAAUGCUUAUAUGUUAAUUUAUGAGAAAGUUGAAAAAGAUAAAAUUCAAUUACAAUUUAAUACUCAAGAAGAAUUAUAAGAAUAGUUAUCCAAAUUUGAAAAUUAUUCAAUUUAAUCUAAUAAUGUGUUAUUAGUUGAUUACAAUUCAUUCAAAUAAUAUAUUCCGAGUAAAUAUUAAAAGAAAGUUAAUAGUGAUAAUUAAUAGUUUUUAUUAGAAAGAAAUCUUUUCAAUCAAGAAUUUAUGAAAUUUAUUUUAGACAUAAGUGAUUUUGUAAAUAGUGAUAAUGCAAAUGUGAUAAUUGAAAUUCUUAUUCGAUUCAAUUAUGAUUUAUUGGCUCGUGCUUAUGAGAAUUCCAUUUUGGAAUAAUUUAACACAAAGAUUGUAUAAUUGAUUCAAUAAUACCCUAAUCCAAAUUAUCUUGAUUUAAUAUACUUUGGUAAACAAGCUAAAGUAUAAGAUCUCUUAUUAGUUUGUCCUGAGUCUAGAACUCGAAAAUAUUUUGGAAAGAUGUUGUCUAUUUUAUUUAAUCAAACAAUAUAAAUUCAAGGUGAAAUCACUUAAAAAAUUUAAGAAGGUUUAGAUUAAUUGUUUUUAAUGUUAUAAGAUUAGGUUCCUAAGAAUUGGACUCGUUUUGAUUAAUAUUUCUAAUUUUGGCUUGAUUUUAUUUAAGAAGGUAAACUCUAAAUCUAGUAUUGUUUAUAAAAAGAUAUGAUUCUUUAUAUGAUCGAUUUUAUUCUAGAUAAGAGUAGUCCAUUAUUAUUAUAUGAAAAGAAGACUUAAAUGGGAAAUGCAUACUUUCCAAUCAAUUGUUAAAUUCCAAUGUAAAUAAUAAGUGUACUCCUUUAAUAAAAUCAUUAACUCACACUUUAAGAGAAGAAAUUACUCUAUUUACCUAAGUUUUAUGAUAGAGCUCUUAAAAGUACCAAAACUGAAGAAUUGAGUCCUAUAAUUGUUAAAUUUGCAUAUAAUAAUAGAUAUUUUUCUGAAAUGAUAGCAGGAUGUAUAAUGAGAGGAUUAGGAAGUGUAGAUUCUGAUGAAUUUAAGAUUUACUUAUAAAUAGCUAAGCCUUUUCUAUUGAUAGAAGAUAAUCUCUAAAUAGAAAGAUUAGAAUGGCUAAUUGGAAUACCUUCAUCAAAACAAAAGGAAACAGUUAAAGUAUAUGAUAAUUAAUUUAUUGAAUAUCCACAAUUUGGUCUUUAUGGAUUAAUAAGUUUAGAAGAAGAUUAUUGGACAUUUUCUAGUCCAUUGGGAUGGUAGAAUAAUCUUUUUGAUUAUUUCUGUAUUCAUAGAGCUAUUAAAAAUAAUGAUAACUAAUGUUUACUAGUUCUAAAAUUAUUAUUAAUGAUUAGUGUUGAAUGUGAUACUUGUUUUGAUUAUAUCUCUAAACUUCCGUGUGUAAAUUAUCAAUAUGUAAUUAUUUCUUUUUAUUUUUAUAGAAAUAUAUGGAGGAAAUUUUCAAAGCCUUCAUUGAAACUUAUAUCAUUGAUACUAAACGAUUCUACUCUUAAUAUCCUCGAAAACAAGAAACUGAUGAAACCAAAAUAUAUCUAGAUUAAUAUUGUAAUAAGAUUUCUUAAAUUCAUAAUGAAUUUUAACCUCAAUUUGAUUAUAUUAUUGGAAAAACUAUUGAUGUUACUAAAAUCAGAAAAAUACAUUUUCUAUUCAAUCCUUGCACUAAAGAAGAAAUUCAAAUAGAUGAAGGAUCUGAAGGAUUUGAUGAAAUUAAAUAACAAAUAGAAGAAGGUAAUUUACAUAAAGUACUUACAUUGGAAGUAAUUAAUAUAAUAUAUAUUUAAUCUAGGAAAAAAUAUAUAAAACUUAUGUUUGUGAUAAUAUGCCAAAUGGAAAUACUAAUGAAGCAUUACCAUAAUAAUAUGUUAAAGGAACUUAAAUUAGUAAUUAUUCUGUAGAUCCUAAUUGUUAAGCUGCAAACUUUAUAUAAUCAAAAGCUUGGAGUGCUGAUAGUGAUGAUUCAGCUACUGUGAUUAAUCCUAGAAUUUCUGAUACUGUUAAAUAGAUUCAACUUCAAAAUCACACUAAUAGAAAUUUACAUGUUAUCUUAGAAAUUAAAAGUGAUGUUAAUCCUUGUCAUUUUAUACCUAAAUCUAAAAUUCAAUCACUUAUGGUUUCUAAAAGUUCGACUACGAUGUUUACAGCCAUUAAAAACAACUGUAAUUAAGAAUUUCCACCACUCUAAUUGAAGUUAGUGUAUAAAAAAUAAGAGCCUAGAUAAGACUCUUAUAUAUAUUUAUCGUCUUAAGAUGAAAUGAAUUUGGAAUUAUUAUGA